AUGUUCUCGCUAUUGUCGACGACGAAAAGUAAGCGCAACAGCUCACCCCUGAGACUCGCCGUCUUGUUGAUCUGCUUGCUGCUCGAGAUCUCUGCUCGAUGCGCGCUAGCCGGGAAUGUGACGGUCAGCACCGACGAGGAGGUGCCCGCGCCACCGUCACCACCGGUGACAGCCGCGGCCGCAGAGAAUGACACUGCUGACAUGCUGCAAGGGCUAAGAGACAUGAUGGCCAGCGCCUUCGACAGCGUGCCCCCGUCUGUGAUGCGCAAGGUGCUCGGAGCCAAGCUGCGUCCACAGUGCAGACUGGCCCUUCUCAGGACGAUGGUGGCCUUCAAGAAGUUGGAGCCGUGGGCGCUAAGACUGUUCGACGCGACGGGGAAAUACCCGACGGGCGUACUGCAAGCUUCUCGCGUCGACCUCGGGGCUUUCGACGAGUGCAUCGAGACGGAGGUGCGCGACAUCUUUGGGAAUGUGAGCUCACGUGGACAGUACUGCAAUGUGCAGUUCCAGCCGAAGACGGGUGCUAUUGGUCCCAAGGAGAUGGAAUCAAUGUCAUCUGUGCUGCAUCCUAAGGACGAUCAAGCCACAUGA